AUGCGAGCACCCAGCCAUCAAUUCGAAGCUGCAGGCGAUUGGGGUGGCAUCCUGAGCGGCUCAGAGCCAGUGACCUUCAAGAACCGGCCGCAGAUUGUCGAUCCCAUCGACACCCACGCUCAGAGCUACGUGGCGGGCAUCAUGGCCACCGUGGCGGCAGAGAAGAAGCCCAAGUUUGUGGUGAACGUGGGUGACAACUUCUAUCCCGGUGGAAUUAGCAGUCCGGGAACCUGCAAUGCCGAGACUGACAAGACAGAUUCCGUUGGCGGUGUAGGGGUGGGCUUUAUCAGCGCUGCACUCAUGGACUACGCCGGCCAGAUCAUCUUCACCAACAUAUUUGAGAACGUCUACAAGGGCCCUGGUCUUGAUGGCGUGGAGUGGUGGGGAGUUCUUGGCAACCACGACUAUGGAGGUUAUCAUUACAACGUUCACUGGGAUCAGAACAUCUUCUACACCUGGAGCACUCCCCAGAGUCGCUGGCUCACCCCGGCGCUGUUCUGGAAGCGGAGGGCGCAGUUCCGCAACUUCUCGGCAGAGUUCUUCUUCGUGGACACGAACAAGGUGGAUACUUAUGCCAACCCAGACGUGGAUGCAGAGCACAACAUCUGUUCCCGAUCCCACAAUCAGCCUCCACUCCCUUUGGGGUGCAAUGGCACAUCGAUUACCGGCCCUGACACGUGCUGGAAGUUCUUCGAUGACUUGUGGAAGGAGCAGAAAGAUUGGCUGGCGCAGCAACUCGACAUAUCCACAGCAGACUGGCAGAUCAUUGUCACCCACUACCCGCCCAACUUUGAGCCGUGUCGAUCCGAAGUCUGGGAGAGCUAUCUGGCCAAGUACGGCGUUGACUUCUACAUCAGCGGCCACACGCACCUCCAGAACACCUCCACGACCUUCGGGGGCACCCCUUUUGUGAUCUCAGGGGGCGGAGGUGGCAUCACCUCUGAGAUCCUGCCCAGCACCACCGGGGAGGACGAUGGAUACGGCUUUAUGGAUGUGGUCAUCCGCCACGAUGCCAUGUAUGUCACUCGGUACUCCCACGGCAUCUUGGCUCCCAGAACUGUGGACUCUGUUGGGCCCCAUUCUUACUGUUGGUUAGUAGGGAAUGAGGGAAUGAGGUGCUCUAUACAAUUCCUUAGAGGGUAUAUAUAG